CCAGUAGGGAGUGGGUGGGGGUGGCAGGAGGCCAGGCUUUGGCGGGAUCAGGUUAGGGCAGGUUGGGGGCCAGUGGGGCGGGAUAUAAACCCCACUGUACGCACCUGGCCCUUGGCUUUCCUUCCAGAACCUCUCUGCCAUCUGGUCUGAUCCAAGAUGUCCAGUCCCCUGGAGCAGGCACUGGCUGUGAUGGUCACCACCUUCCACAAGUACUCAGGCCAAGAGGGUGACAAGUUCAAGCUGAGUAAGGCGGAGAUGAAGGCACUUCUGCACCAGGAGCUGCCCAGCUUUGUUGGGGAGAAGGUGGAUGAGGAGGGCUUGAAGAAGCUGAUGGGAGACCUGGAUGAGAACAGUGACCAGCAGGUGGACUUCCAGGAGUAUGCUGUUUUUCUGGCCCUGGUCACUAUCAUGUGCAAUGACUUCUUCCAGGACUCCCCAGACCGGCCCUGAAGCAAAGCUCUCACUCUACCAGGGGCCUGAUGGGCCCAUGAGGACUCUCCUUACCCUUUUAUACUCAAUAAACUUUUCUGUUGAUCA